AACUUCCACAGUCGGCCCUAUCCAAGACUCUUAGGUUUUACUAGGAUCAGGCUGAUCAUGUGGAUAAUCGACGGUCAAUUCGAUGGCGAUGACCAAACGAACUUACCGCCCGCGGCAAAGUCAAAGCUGCUCAAAACGGGGUCUCAAUACGCCUUGGGACGUCGAGAUACACCCCUUGUUGUCAACUCGCACAAAAUCUCGAAACAUCACGGAACAUUUAUCGUAGGAGGAUACACCGCAGAUGAUGUGGCAAAUCCGGAUAGGAUCCCAACGCUCGAAUAUUCGAGUCUGAAGGGAAAGGCUCCUUAUCUUAAACGUGAUGGACAGACGACAUAUUUACCUCCUGGCAGCGUACAAACUUUGCAGGACGGCGAUAUAAUAUCCCCAAUCAGUGGUUGCGAGUUAAAGCUGACUUGGCAGCGCAUGUGCUGCUACGAGCCAUCCAUGAAGGGAAGGUCAGCCGUGUCCAUCGACGGAUGUGCAUCUCUAGGCAUCAAUUUCGUCCGAACUCCUGACCCGUCAAUCACUCAUCAUCUCACCCCUUCCAUUACGCUCACCCCUGCUGUCGCCACGUCUUUACUCAUCGCUGCCCAUUUCGUCAAACCUGACUGGCUUACCGACCUCCUUGCAUCCGCUACCCUCCCUCCAACCGACCCCAAAUCCCCCGAGUAUAAACUGAACUUACCAUCCGAAGCCAAGUAUCAGCCCGCCUUCACCUCUUCCGUCCUUUCCGAAAUCAAAAAUUUCGAGAAGUACUGGCGACCGAAUGAAGAGAGGAUGAACUUCUUGUCCAAGUACAAGUUCAUCUUUGUCGGAGAAGCAGGAAGAGAAGCCAGUUCCGAGUACCACACAUUAGUCGAGAGAGGUAGAGGAGAACUUGAAGUGUUUGACGUUGCGGCUGGUGUGGAGAAGUGGGGCAAAGCGAUAGAGAAGGGAAAGAAAGGGGCGACGAAACAGCAUGGCAGGCUAGUACUGGUAGCGGACUCAGAGGUGAUGGAAGCAGCCGCGGGGAAGAAAGUCUGGAAGGCGUUUGUAAAUGAAGCGAUGAGCUCUGACUUAGAGUUUAUUCUUCCUGAGAAUAUUCUCCAGGCAAUCGCUCAUGUAGAUAAGUCCUGGAUGGAGUCAAGUGUCAUAAACGAUCUGCCCAGCAUUGUCCAAAACACUCACCCCGACGAACCAACCUAUCCACCAGACGGAUCUUUGGAAGCAGGCCCUUCCUCCAACCAGGCCUCAGCACCUGUGCCAGAUGAAGAGCAACCUAUAUCUGAGAUGGAAUCUGCUCUUGCCCCAGCAGCACCGGAAGAAGCCCCAGCCCGCCGUCCUUUCCGAAGAAUCCGCUCAAAGCAACCAAAAUCGUUGUUGAGUAUGCUUGGACUUGAGGACGACGACGAUUCCAUCAUGGAUACCUCGGUCUCCGAAACCACGACACCUGCGCCUGCGCCUCCAAAACCUGUGACACAAGCACGAGCACCCUCCCGUUUCACGCCUAGGUCUCGUCGUAGCCCCGCUCCUCCCAAUUCUGCCUUGGACCUCCUCGGUCUCGGCGGCGAUGACGAUGACGUGCUCCCCACAGCCAGUAAAUCCGCAUCUCUGUCCAAGUACAAGGACCUCUUCGACGCUACCGACCCGGAUAAGCUGAAGAGUCAAUGGGAGCAAGAAGAGCUAGAACGACAAAGCAUGACACAGAGUCAGAGCGGCGUCAACGGCAUGAGCGGUGGCGGAAGGUCGGCGAAGAGGGUGGCGUUGGAUAUUGUGGCAGAGGAGGAAGAGGAGGAGAGCCAAGCUGUGGGUGGGGGUCUUGGGGUCAGUUCUCAGGCCAGAGGGACGAAGAGAACAUCCGCUCAAAUGGAUGUUGAGAUGGACGAGGCGGAAAGGAGGGAGAUGGAGGAUGACCCUGAUGCAGAAAUGGAGGAUGGGACGCAAAAUCCGUACAAACGACGAGCGCUCGAGAACAUCAACGGCGUCGAUCCUAUAGCCUCUCAAACGCAAGCGCCUCAAUCUGGCACAUCUCAAGCCGUACCUCCCGCUAGUCAAACAGGUAGAAAGGGCCAUUUACCGACCACCUCAUCUCAAAGCCUACGUUUCGCCAAACCUCCUUCUCAGCAAGACACCGACUCGAAGAAGAAGAAAAAGAAAGAUGGUCCUGAUACUGACGACAACUUCCUCAGAGCUGUCAAUUCGGUCAAGAAGGGCAAGAAGCAAGAAGAUGUCUUCGACAAGGAGUUCAACGAACUCAAAAUUUCGAAGCCUGAUGUCAAAGAGAUGGACAAGCAGAGGAGCCAGAGGGAGGAGGAAUGGAAAUUGAUGAGUCGUGAGGAUUUUGGAGAUGAGACCUUGAGGGGAAACUUCAUGGUCGUGGUGGAGUUGGACAUCAGUGUGGAAUCGGCUAGGGCGAGGUCGGCGGCGAGGGGUGUAGGAAGGGUUGUGGCGGGACCGUUGGAGCAAGGAAGUGAGAAGUGGGCGGGGAGGCCAAAUUUCAAAAAGUUCAAGAAGCAACCCGUUGCACACGCCACCCGACCCAAGAUAGACCUCUUCCCCAGCGAGGAGUCCACGAACGACUACGGCAUGGGGACAUCAUACUGGAAAUCUAGCAAAGCCUCACAGUCGAUGGACGUGUCAAGUCAAGACCCCCGUGCCACACAUAAGUCUUCCAGAGCACAACGCAGUCAACCUAUGGAUGGCCUCCAGUCUCGGACCGCCACGGAAGCUCCAGAACACGCAGAAGUUGAAUUCAACUCUGAAGAGGAGGUAGAAGAAGACGUAGCUCCCUCAAGGAAAAGAGCGCGACCUGUCGCCGUCCCCGUCCGAGCUCCGGCCUCGAAAUCGAAGAAACCUCCAAGUGUGGCCAGCUCUGCAGGUGGGCGUACAACAAGAUCAACACGCGCCGCAUCGCAGGCUUUGUUCCUCGCCUCUGAGGACGACGAGGAGAACCAGCCAAAGAGCCGUAGCCAUGCAAAGACUCGUGCCCCCGCCUCCGGGAGUAAGAAACGAGGACAUCAAAGUAUUCAAGAAGACGAAGAAUAUGAGGAGUUUGACCUUGGUUCAGUUGCUAUAGAUAGGGAAGACGAGGUGGCACCCGAGGAUUCCGACGAGGAGACUCUGAGGACCCAGGCCAGUACAAAGUCGACGCGCAAUACCGCCACCACUGGGUCUAAGAGGACUCGGAAGGUGAUACAGGAUGAUGACUCGGACGACGCAGUGUUCAAGGGUUUCAAGGGAAGGAAGAAGAAGAAAUUUUGA